UUACUCCAGUAAACACGAGGCUGCUGCUCUGGAUAGAAUCUGUUCUGAUGCAUCAUGGUUUAACAGAACAUGCUAGAAAAUCAAACGUAUGUGUGCCGUUGCUGUAGGACCUCCAGACACUAGAGGGCAGAGGUUUGCCUGUCUGGUGACGAAGCUGCAUACCGAGCUACUUAUAUGUCGAGCGGACUUCCCGGUUUCACGCGACUGUCCGGGGUUGUAAAUCUGUGCGGUGCGUUUCUGCAGUCCUGGCCAUGAAGACGUCCAGGGACGCUGUCCAGGCUGCUGCCAGGGAACUGCUCAACUUCAUCAGCCGCGGAGUGUCGCCCUAUCAUGUGGUGGAAGAGUGCAAGACUCGGCUUUUAAAAGCAGGAUUUACAGAGCUGAAAGAGUCUGAUCACUGGGAAAUCAAACCAGCAAACAAGUAUUUUGUGACCCGGAACUACUCCACCAUCAUUGCCUUUGCGGUUGGUGGCCUGUACCAACCAGGAAAUGGUUUCUCCAUGAUUGGAGCCCACACAGACAGCCCCUGUCUGAAGGUAAAGCCCCGCUCCAGAAAGACGAGGCUGGGCUGUCUGCAGGUCGGUGUGGAAUGCUAUGGCGGAGGAAUCUGGAGCACCUGGUUUGAUCGGGAUCUGACUGUGGCUGGUCGUGUCAUGGUCAAGAGUGGCGGUAAGCUGGUACAUCGUCUUGUACACAUCCAGCGUCCCAUUCUGCGGAUCCCUCACUUGGCCAUUCACCUUCAGAGGGACAUCAAUGACUCGUUUGGCCCCAACAAGGAGAACCACCUGGUGCCUCUCCUGGCCACUGUGGUUCAGGAGGAGUUGGAGACAGGCUCUACUGUUUCUGGAGAUGCUUCAACCACAACAACUACAACGGAGAAGCACCACCCAGCACUGGUGCGCCUGCUCUGUGCAGAUCUGGGCCUGGAGCCUGAUGCCCUGCUGGACUUUGAGCUCUGCCUGGCAGACACGCAGCCUGGGGUCCUAGGUGGUGUGUAUGAGGAGUUCAUCUUUUCUCCUCGUCUCGACAACCUUCACAGCUCCUACUGUGCUCUGACGGCCCUGAUAGACUCCAGCACAAGUGCCUCUCUGUCCGCAGAGACCAACAUCCGUAUGAUCACCCUAUAUGACAACGAAGAGGUGGGGUCAGAGAGCGCUCAGGGUGCACAAUCGAACCUGACGGAGAUGAUUCUACAGCGCCUGGCGGCCGGCUCUAGCAACCCGACCGCCUUGCAGGAGGCCAUGCCCCUCUCCUUCAUGAUCAGUGCUGACAUGGCCCACGCCCUGCACCCCAACUAUCAAGAGAAACAUGAGGAGAAUCACAGACCAGCUUUCCAUAAGGGUCCAGUCAUAAAGUUUAACAGUAACCAGCGAUAUGCCUCCACUGCUGUAACUGCCUCCAUCCUACGGGAGAUCGCAGGGAGGGUGGAGGUGCCUCUUCAGGACGUGAUGGUGCGGAACGACUGUCCUUGCGGGACGACCAUCGGGCCUAUCCUGGCAGCCAAGCUCGGCAUCCCGGUGCUGGACCUCGGCGCGCCACAGCUAGCCAUGCACUCCAUCAGGGAGAUGUGCUGCACCUCGGGGGUGCUCCACACCACCACCCUCUUCAAGGGCUUCUUUGAACAAUUCCCGGCUGUGAGGAGGCUGGUGGUGGUGGACUAGACAUCAUAUGUUGAUCAGGCGGCCAGAGGCGCGUGAGGUCUGUUUCCUUCUCGCGCUGGUGCCUUCGAAGCCAUCAGCGCGGGAGCGACCCUGCUGAGCCUCUGGAGUGUGUUUUAAGUGCGACAAUAAAUCAGUUAAUUGCGCCCGUGUUCCCA